CGGUCUCACGGGGCCAUGCACUGCUCAACCAGACCACCCCCAUGUCCAAAUUUGACUGGAUUCGAGCCGGCCACGCUAUAUUAUCCCCGGAUCCCGGAGGUCGCCAAGCUGUUCCUCAAGCACGGCCUCGCCGUCACCAUGGCGCUCGUCGAGCCGCAGGUCAAGUCCACCGACUUCUCCGCCGCGGUCGCCCGCGCGAGGGCCUCCAACCCCUCCGUCGCCUUCCGCGUCCUGCCGUCGCCGCCCGCAGAUUCCAACCCCGACGGCGCGCCCAGGCACCACGUCGUGAAGGUUAUCCAAUCGCUCGCCGCCAUGAAUGCGCCCCUCCGCGACUUCCUCCGCUCGCUGCCCUCCGUCCACGCGCUCGUCCUCGACAUGUUCUGCGUCGACGCCCAGGACGUGGCAGCCGAGCUCAAGCUGCCGGUCUUCUACUCAUUCGCCUCCGCUGCCAGCGACCUUGCCAUCUUCCUCAACCUGCCGAGCAAGUUCGCCAGCAAUACGGCCAAGAUAAAAGAGCUCGGCGACUCCAUCAUCACCUUCCCGGGCGUUCCUCCUUUCAAGGCUUCGGAGCUGCCCUCCGAAGUUAUCGGCGACGAUGAAGCACUCGUGUACGUCUUACGCAUGUUUGAGCGAAUGGCAGAGGCGAAAGGAAUUCUUAUCAAUUCCUUCGACUCGCUGGAAAAGCCCGCACUGAGCGCUCUCAACGACGGACUUUGCGUUCCUGGUCGUGCGACGCCGCCGGUCUACUGCAUCGGGCCGUUGGUCUCCGGAGGCGGAGACAAGGAGCACGAGUGCCUCCGCUGGCUGGACGCGCAGCCGGACCAGAGCGUGGUGUUCCUCUCCUUCGGCAGCCUGGGCACAUUCACCAGUAAGCAGCUCGAGGAAAUUGCAGUUGGUCUGGAGAAGUCAGGGGAGAGGUUCCUGUGGGUUGUGCGGAGCCCGCGCAGUCCCGACGAGAAGCACGGCGAUCCGCUGCCGGAGCCUGACCUCGACGCGCUCAUGCCGGAAGGGUUCUUGGAGAGGACCAAGGACAGAGGGCUCGUGGUCAAGUCUUGGGCGCCGCAGGUGGAGGUUCUGCGUCACAGGGCGACCGGCGCAUUCAUGACGCACUGCGGCUGGAACUCGACGCUGGAGGGCAUCACGGCAGGGUUGCCGCUGCUGUGCUGGCCGCUGUACGCGGAGCAGAAGGUGAACAAGGUGCACAUAGUGGAGGGAAUGAAGCUCGGGGUGGAGAUGAGAGGCUACAAUGAAAAGGUUGUUAAGGCCGAGGAGGUGGAGGAGAAGGUCAGAUGGGUUAUGGCGUCCGAGGGAGGAGGCAGGGCACUCAGGGUGCGGGUAGCGGCAGCGAAGGAUGCAGCGGCUGAGGCGCUCCAGGAAGGGGGCUCGUCCAACUUGGCGUUUGCCCAAUUCCUAAAGGACAUGGACAUUUCCAAGGUCGCAACCAUGCACGAUUGAUGUGAAGCUUGUAAACCCUACUUAGUGUUGGAUUUUCUUUUUAGAAACACACCGAAGAAACUCACGCAAACUUAUUCCUAUAAGAACGCACGAGCGCAUCCUACCUCUAUAUGAACACUUCCGGAAAGCUGAGCCGGAAGAUCAUGAGAUUAAUGAAGUCACAUCAAUCAUUUUGUA